CCCGAAAUAAGAAAGAAGCAAGUGCACUCCUCUGUACAGCUCCAAGCCAUCGAUGGAGAGAAAUUCCUCAGUCGGUGCCAAGCCAUGGAGUCAUCAUCCUCAUCACCAUCAUCAUUUUCAGAUAUUACAUAAUUGUCCACUUCACAGCUACAUGUUGCAGUGCAACAAUCAUGUACCAACAUGCCCACUUUUCAGUCCUUCUCCAGUGCCGCAAAACCCUGAACAACACAUUACACCUGUUUUAUUGCCUGAGGAUUUGAAUAUACAUAUUUCUGAGCCUAAUGAUAAUUUUACCGACUCAAGAAUGAAGCAAGAUGAAGAUCUGGACUUAGAAGAUGAAGAGCCUAUUUUCGUCCUUACAGAUGAAUGGAGAGAUUUCUUUGCCAAAUCUGAAGCUAAAAGGAGAAAAGCAAAAAAGCAUGCUAAGAAGAAAGGGAAGAGUAAGGUCAAAGAUGAGAACGCACCAGCAUUGGAGAGUGAUUGCGACGUGAAGAAUGAAUCUGCUAUAUGUCCAGAGGUCUAAUGAGCAACAAAAAAGUUACAUUAUGAUGCACAUAGGACAGGACCGGGACAAGCCCCUUUUGUUAAUUCUGAGAUAAAAUGUCAAAUAUUGUAAUUCUAAAAGCUCAAGAAGUGUGUCUUGGCUUGAGGAAAUGUUUGAUUUUGACAAUCACGUGGGAGGAAGCCUGAAGCUGAUGCAAUAUGCAUUUCUCAAUUGCUAUUAAUCCUUGUAAUCGUUUGUGCCUUCUAGGGAAUAUUUUCACGACACUUUUGGUUCUAUUCAUAAGUCUUGUUAGUUGCA